CGCAGCACAGCCGUUUUAGAACCGCCGUUUCAGAACCGGAAGUGAGGGGCGGAGCUAUUAACACCUAGAAAUGGCGGAGAGCACGAGACAUAUAACUAUUCAGAAUGGUGACGCAUUACCUGAGCUGCAGCAGUGCAACAAGUGUUGCAGCAAUUAUCACUGCCCUUUUUGCGCGGCCAGCGUGUUUAAGCCAGCCAAACUGGUCAAAUUAAAAACCCAUCUUUAAAGCCACUUUAACAAGGCAGUAGUCUGUGGAGGCUAUACUAUACACAGAUGUGGACUAGGAUGUAGACCAGCUCUACAUCACCACUGUCCAUACUGUGAAACAACAAUUUUAAAGAGAGCAAGAUGACAGCCAAAAUUGCACCUGGAACAUGGAUGCUAAUAAAAAACAAGGAUACCCCCAACAGAUUGGUGGUGUGGACUGUGGAGUCUUCAUGUUGAUGUAUGCUCUACAUCUUGCCUUGGGAGCACCCUUUGAUUUUACAUCUUGUGACAUGCCAAAGAUUCGGAGAUGGUGGACUCUAAUUCUUUUAGAGAACUUUGGGGUUUUCUCUGAAAGUGCAGAUACCCUUCAAGAGGCUCUUCCACACAGAGAACCAGCUGAGCUUAGCAGCAGUGAGGAGCUACCAGUAAUCCGAGACAUGGCAGAAGCUGUGAAAUGGAUUGAUUCCAAUAACCAUCUGCUCAGAGGGCCGGUGGAAGAGCCUCUUUUCCUCACCAUGACUGAGGAGGAAAAGGAAAAGGCCCUCAAUGAUCUCAGUGAAAGCACAGACUCUUCGAGGGAGCCCUUUACGUUUCUUUUUCAGUUCAGGGAUGACAUGGAAUUAGUUAUACAAGAAUGUCAUGACAAAAUGGGCCUAAAACUGAACUGUUCAUUUGAUACAUUUUAAUUUAAAUUAAUGCCAUAUGGUCAUGACAAUGUGUGAAUUGUUUGUUUUGUAAAUUGUCAUUUUCAUUUUAUACAAAAUUGUCAUGGCAAAUUGUUUAGCAAGUUUAUUCCAUAAACUUUAAUUAUCUAGUUUUUGAUUUGUUUCUCUUAAAAUUUUGUGUGUUUGAAGAUUUUUACAGCAAUGUUUUAAUUUUUUUGUAGUGAAAUGCAUGAUACACAUGUUCUUUGCUUUGAAGUAUAUUUUUUUAUGUUGUGAUUAAAGUAUAUUUAAUAAGUAUAUACAAUUAUAUUAAACAAUUUUUUUUUAA